AGCCCCUUUGAAGGCCAGACUCGCCUGUUUGCAAUCAGCUUCUCGGGUUGCAACCUUAACCACCCAUCCCGUAGCCCACGCCCCAGCCAGGUGGCCACCCACAGAGGGCUCUGUGAAUAUGGCCAAGGAACAGCAUGGGACCUGGUUUGGCUUUGGUUUCUGCGGCUUUGGGCAAGUGCUGGGCUCUGGGGAUGGGCGCCAUUCGGUGCACAGUCCCGAACCACUGUGUGCCAGUGAGGACGUUUGCCGAGUGAGUGCUAGCUGGAGCUACACCGCCCUGGUGACCCGUGGAGGCCGGGUGGAACUGUCAGGCUCUGUGAACAGCUCAGCAGAUGGCUGCCGGGAUGCGUGGGCUUCCGAGGGACUCCUGGUGGUGGUGUGUGACAAAGACGGGUCCAGCACAGAGCUGCAGGCCUGGACGCCAGGCUCAGCACUGCAGGGGGAGCCCCUUUGGGUCCAGAACCUGGUUUCUGGGGCAGAGGACCCAGGGGAAGAUGAACCCUGCAGUGAGACUAGGGCGGGUACCCUACCGCUGCUGCCCAGUGCCCAUGCCUACGUGAACCCGCAGCCCCCCUUCUGCCAGCCUUUGGCCCCAGAGCUGCGCGUGCGCCAGCUGGAGCUGGGUGCUGAGCAUGUGCUGAUGCUGUGCGAAGCCGGUCAGGUGUUCUCCUGGGGUGGAGGCAGGCACGGACAGUUGGGCCACGGGACGCUGGAGGCGGAGCUGGAGCCAAGGCUGUUGGAAGCCCUGCAAGGCCUCCGGAUGGCUGAGGUGGCUGCGGGCGGCUGGCACUCUGUAUGUGUGAGUGGUGAGUGACCUGAGGCUGUCCCCAAACAAGCUGGUGAACUGGUGAUCUUGGCCACUGCUUCCUCUUGUGGUUUUUGUUUUGUUUUGUGGGUGGUCUAGCCCAGGCCUUAUUCCAAACUCAACCCAAACCAGUCAUUCCUGACCCUCUAGUGUCUGCAGAUUCGGCCCGUUGUCUCCACCACCCUCUUAGGCCUUGCCUGCUGGGGUUGUUAUCGCUGUUACUGGAUUCUCCUCCACUCCCACCCAUCUGCUAGGCACCAAGGCUGCUUUCUAAAAAUACUCCAGAAGGGAGACACACUUAUCCUGGGAACUGCUAAGAGACAGCUCAGCCAGAAAGAAUGGACAAGGCUGCAUAUGCCCAUGAUGGUACCCAGGAACUGAACCCAGGUCCUCUGGAAGAGCAGCCAGUGCUCUUGACCACUGAGCCAUCUCUCCAGCCCCAGAAGCUACUGAUCUGUCUGACUGGGGCUCUCAAUCCCCCCCUAUGUUCUCAUGUAAUAGCCCUAGGAGGCAGUGGGGUCCAACCUGGGCAGGAAAGCAGAGGACUGGACUGGAAACAGCUUAAAGGGAAGUUUCACACCUAAGAUUUAGGAGUUUGAGACCUCAGGCUUGCAAAAGAGGUUGAAGCCUAGAGGUAUCUUAUGGAGCAAGGCUUCCUAGUUUACAAUCUUUACCUUUGUCCUGGUGCUUAACUUCUGUUUCAUCUGACUUCCAAGUGAGGAUAUUGUCAUAUAAAUACUUCUAGGGCUUUGUUAUUGUAUUUGGAAAGCGCAUAAAACACCAGCACAGACUGAGCAUUUUAUAAAUUACUGUUACUGAAUGUUGCAGUCAGUCUCAUUUAAGGCCAGCCUGGCCUCAAAUGGACUCACCUUCAACUCUGUCUUCUUGCCUCUGCCUCCCAAGGAGUGUUAGUGACUAGUGUGUCCUGAUUAGUUUGUUACCAACUUGACACAAGCUAGAGCCAAGGGGAAAGUGAGACCUCAAUUGAAAUUGGCCAUCAGAUUGUCCUAAAAGUAAGUCUGAGGGGGCAUUUUCUGGAUUGAUGGUUGCUAUGGGAGAUCCGCACCUACCAGGGGCUGGGCCACCCCUGAGCAGAUGGUUCUGGGUCCUACAAGAAAGCAAGGGUAGCAAGCCCUGACAUCAUUCCCCUGUGGCCUCUUCUUCAGUUCCUGCCUCCAGGUUUCAGCCCUGACUUCCCUGAAUGAUGGACUGACUUACUAAACUUCCUGGGUUGCUUUUGGUCAUGUAUUUUUUCCACAGCAAUAGGAAGUGACUAAGACAGCACUAUAGUAACUAGCUCCAGUCCUCACCUAAUAUAGAGCCUUGGUGCUACGAGAAGGAAGGCAAGAGCGAGGCAGAAGCCUACAGUAGGACCAGUGGAAGAUGGGAUUGAAAAAGGGCACAGGUGCCAGGCUGUGGUGGCGCACGCCUUUAAUCCCAGCACCCGGGAGGCAGCCGCAG